CAAAUACAUGCAUUUUGACAAUUUUACAGAGUUUCAUGUGAUUAUCUUUUUAUUUUUUAGUUGGGGCACAAAUAGUUAAAACAAAAGUUAUAAAAAAUACAGAAGACCCAGAAUGGAAUCAGACUUUUGAGUUGAUCGUAGAUGAGGCUGAUGGCCAGCUGUUGUGCCUUGAUGUGAUGGACAGGGACAUUGGAACUAGAGAUGAUCCAUUGGGAAAGUAAGGUUUAGCUUUGUUCCCUUGUUUUGUCCUAUUUUAAUUGUAUGUUAAAAAUUAAUAGGAUAGCAUGACCUUACAGCUGAUCAAUUUCUGCCCAUUCUUUCAUCUCUUAUAUGUAUCCAUUUAUUAUUAGAGAUUUUAAGACUAAUUUUAAAUACAAGAUGCUACGAUAUGUAGUAGUGAUUCCAGGUUAGAAAGAAGUUGGGGAUGGCCUGUGCAUCAAGGCUAUUAUAAUAAAACGAUGCUGUCGAACCGUUGUAUCUGUUGAGUUGUAAUUAUCCACUCAUGGCAAUGAGUGUCUACUUGCCUGGCCAAGUCUCUCACUUGAUCCCAUGAACAGUAUAGCUGAUAUCAACAGUUAAUAAUACAACCAACGUCAACAGGUUUGUAGCUAGAUAGGAGUUUAUUUAACACUACUCCAUUAACUAUGGUUGAUGUAUAAUUUCAGAAUUGAGAAUCAAAUGACUCCAACCAAACAGUACUCAAUAUACAAAUCCAAACAGUUCAUGCAGUAUAUCCGCCAUCAAUCCUUCCAUAACAACCACGAAAACUAACGCGUCAUUUCCCCUUACACAAUUACGUCACAACACUCUCACACAAUCGAUACAGCUACACAUAAAAUCUCUAACUAAACAUCUUUUCCUUAUCAAACAUGAAAACAAUGAUCUACACAUAACCCUUGACAGAUGCUGCAAUAUCUUAUAGUGGUUUCAGGGCAUAUGUGUAAAUGGUUACAGGGUAGGAGGAAGUUGCAGGAUGACCUGUGCAUGUACGUUUUCUUUAAAUACCCCAAACAUUUGCAUUUGUUUUAUCAAACACUUUUAUUUACAUGAAAUUUAAUAUUUGUCACUUUCAAAUCUGGCAAUAGACUUUUUGGGUUAUCUCUAUUUGAGCAAGGACUCAAUACCUAAAAUUAUUUUAUAUUCAUGAUGAAAUGACAAUGAAUAUGUUUCAUUCACUUCCUACAUUUAAUAACGGUAAUACUAGAUUGAAGAAGCUGAUAUCAUCAAAUGAACAUUAAGAAGCAAAAAUUUGUAUCUAAAAAUGUAAAAAUGUUUCAGUAUGAAAUGUUGAGUUGCUAGUUAAAUAAUUUUGAGAAGCUAUUUACUGUGUACUAGGGCACUAUAACAAAACCUUUAUCAAAUUAGGGCAAAGUUUUUUUCAGAAACCAGUGUAAAUUAUAAGCAAGAUUUAAAUUAGUAUUACUAUUUUUAAUGUUUUAAUACAAAAGUAUUUUUUUUUAUCCUACAUCCAAGCUGUAUUGAAAAUUAACACUAAAUAAUUUUAACAGUAAAUAAUUUUUUAAAUUUAUUUAUGGAUUCUAAAGGCAUCAAAUUGAGUUGUUUUUUUAAAUCACAUUUAAACUGUUCAAACAAAUGCUAUAAUCUUUUACUCUACAGUGUGAGCAUGGAAUUAUCAGAGAUUUGUAAUAACGGCUUUGAUGAUGUGGUAGGUAGUUUCAUUAACUGUUAUGUAAUUCAAGACUUUAAGCUAUAUGCUGCCCCAUUUUUAUGGUGAACAAAAUUUUUAAGAUGAUCUUUUGAGGAGGAAACUGAUCAGCUGCACUCAGAUUGAAGAGACAUCAAAUUUGGUUGAAGCUAAAUAGAAUAAAUUUAACUGUGGAAGAUUCAGAAUGUCAUGUACCCCCUGCCAUUUUAUAAAAAUCAAAUUUUUUUUUAAUGCAAAAGUAAAGUAACUGAUAAGACUACAGUCAUUUUUAAUCAGACACUAUAUUGGCUACUUCCUUCUGAAUUCAGUGAUUAAUUAUUAUUUUUACUAACGGCUUACAUCCUCCCAUCUUACUUGGAUGAAUAAUCCAUUUCAAACUGCUAUUUACCUUUCCCUGGGGACGACCCUGGGGGAAUUUUAAACUCACUUUUUCUUGUUGAGAGGGAGAAAACAGUAACAUUAUGCCAAUUAAAAAUUUAUUUGAUUACUAACACUAGAUAUUUUUUUUAAGUCCCCUUUUUGAUUUUAGUUUCUUUCUAAUCAUUUUAACCGGCAUUUUUUCUGCAUAUGAUCAAUCAAUUCCAUUAACUAUAAAAUAUUAAGUAAAAAUAUUAUCUGUUAGACACAGAUAACAAAAAUGAUAAUAGCUCAUUUUAUUUUUACAGUGGCUGCCUUUGGAGGAUGUUCAACAUGGCAUGCUUCAUGUUCAGCUGACUUGGCUCUGGUUGGCAAAUGACCCUUUGGAACUUGACAGAGUGAGUAAUUACUGUCACAUCACCAGCUGUCAAUCAUCAUGCUCAUACAAUAUCAAUAAAUGUUACUGCAUAAUUGUGACCCCCCCCCCCAAACCUCAGCUUAAUAUAUGUUCGUAUGGAUACCAGACUUUCACAGAUAAUCAAAUCUGCAGAUUAUUAUUAUUAUUCUUUAUGGACCAUCCAAUUUUUAAAAAAAUGUUUAAUAUGCUUAAGAUUGUUUAUGUUUCACAAAUUAGAUUCAAAUAUGUUUGUAAAUGUGUCCUUUGGUCUCAAGUUGUUUGAACAAGUCCUAGGUAGUGAAAGAAUGUAAAAUUAUUUUGAUUCACAUGCAUAUGCAGUGUCUUCAAAAGCCUUUCAUGAUAAACCCUAUUUGUGUCAGACAAAGGGAGAGCAUUCUCAAAAAAGCAUUGUGAAAUUCUAAAUUUCUGCCCCCUUCCCUAUUAGAAUUUACAUGUCUCUGAGAUUUAAAAGUUUGGUCUAUAACAGGGGUCUCCAAACUACUGCCCGCUAAGCCCUCUCAUGCGGCCCGCGGAGACCUUUUUGUCUACGGACAAAAAUACGGAAAUUUACGUGUAUUCUGCCAAGAUCAGACGCCGCUUACGUGGACGUUAUGUUUUUACCGAAUUAAAAUAGAGGCGCGCAGUAGUGCCUUAUGUUUUCAAACCGAUCAUGACUUAGCAAAACCUAGGACGCUGCGUAGUUUUUCUACUUCCGUUCACAGUCAAUCAGAUGAGAUGAUAUAACGCCAUAUAGUGACGGAGCUUUGCCCGCCGUGUUGCAGACAUGGGUGAAAACAUUGUGACUCUAAUAGCGAAAAAUGCAAGCAAGUUUCGCCAAUUUUUAAUUGAAACGGAUGAAUCGCUGGACAGCUGUUCCACCUCUCAACUGCAUGUUUUCUUUAGAGGUGUGGAUGAAGACAUGAAAAUAACCCAAGAGCUGGCUUCCCUACAUAGCAUGUAUGACACUGUUACAGGAGAGGAUAUAUUCAAUGAGUUGAAAAAAACAUUUGCUGAUUAUAACUUGGACUGUACUAACCACAGUUGCCUGACUGUUGAUGGAGGAAAGAACAUGAGUGGCAUAAAGAAAGACUUGGUUGGACAAGUGAAGCAGAUGUGUAAUGAGAAAAAGCAUUUGCAACCAAUGUUCCUGCACUGUAUUUUUCAGGAGAAAGCUUUGUGUGAAAACUAUGUGGACGUUAGCAGCGUACUGAAUCCUGUGGUAAAGAGGGUUAAUUUAAUUUAGUCACUUGGGCUCAACCAUAGACAGUUCAGAGACAUGUUAAAAGAUACAGACACAGAAUCGCAAGAUUUACCAUAUUACACAGCAAUAAGAUGGCUAAAUUGUGAGAAAGUUCUGAGCAGAGUAUUUAAGUUAAGAAAGAAAUAGAUGGCUUCCUGGAAAGUAAAGGCAAGCCACAGCCAUUACUGUCUGAUGAAGAGUGGGUAUGGAAAUUGGUCUUUGCUGCAGACGUAACUAGUCAUUUAAAUUUUCUGUACCUUAAACUACAAGGAGAGGAAAAUCUAGUUUCUGAUCUAUAGGCCUUCAGAUCCAAAUUCGUCUUGGUUUUUGGAACAAAUUCAUAGGCCAACAACUUGAAGCACUUUCAGCAGUGGACGGUCUUCAUGGCUGAAGCAACAGCGGAGUUCCCCACGUCAUUAGUAUGCGAAAUCAUCAGACCCCCAACUGCAGUGUCAGCAGCGGUUUUCUGACUUGGAUCCAAAGGCAGAAGAAGUGAGCCUUUUUCAAAACCCUUUUGAAGCAGAUGUGGCCAGUCGCCCAGAGGAACUGCACCCGGAGGUCAUUGAGUUGCAAGCAAAUGACCUCCUUAGGGACAAGUUAAAAGAAGGACCAGUUUUUUUUUUAAAUAGUUCGCCCAAGGAAGACUUUCCUAAUUUCAAAACAUUUGCAUCAAUGUACAUGUACAAAACUUGGGAACAACAUACCUGUGUGAACAAACAUUUUCAAGAAAGAAAUAAGUGAAGAACAAUUUGAGAACAAAUUUGUCCGAUGAUCAUCUCAGGUCACUGUUGAUGUUAGGGACAUCAAAUCUAAAUCCAGAAAUGUCUGCUGAUCACUGCUAUUUUGGCAUCCAGGAAACAAUUUCACCAUUCAUACUAAUACUAAUACGGUGUUCAUGUGUCGUGUAUCAAUGUGUUAUUAAACAAUAACUGAAUGAAAUAAUAAUACAUAAAUAAUUAGAAACAACAUCCGUGUUUUGAUUCUUUUUUAUUUGGACCUCGAGUGUGUAUGCGGCCCCAUCAUGUGUCGUGUAUCAAUGUGUUAUUAAACAAUAACUGAAUGAAAUAAUAAUACAUAAAUAAUUAGAAACAACAUCCGUGUUUUGAUUCUUUUUUAUUUGGACCUCGAGUGUGUAUGCGGCCCCCGGACUGCUGUUUGAUAGUUAAUGCGGCCCUCGGGCUGAAAAGUUUAGAGACCACUGGUCUAUAACAAUAAAAACAAAAUGUUUUGUUUGUUUUUUUAAUUAGAUUUUUUCUUUGUUUGUAAAAAGAUGAAGGUCAGUCAGGUUUGUUGAAACCAAUUUUCCUUUUGUUUACUAAAAAAUAAAUGCAGUAAUAUAACUAAAUAAAAUAAUUUCAUAGUUAAAACAAUGUCUUUACAUAUAUUUUUAAAAAAUUGGGCUGCCUUGGCAUUCCUCUCUCACUUGUAUCUACUUCAUCAAAUAUUGACAAAAUGGUAAGUCAUGGUUGUUGUUUGAGUUGGUUUUGCUAUAACUUUAGAAAAUAACUUUCUGAAUAAUUUUAUUAUUUUUAUAAAUGCAAUCAAAAAGAAAGUUAAACAAUAUGGUUGAUGCACUGAAGAAUUAAUACCGUUUCCCCUUUCUGUCAUUCAAUUUUAAAAUAUAUGAUUUUUUUAAAACUUGUUAUUACGAUUUGAUUUUUAUUUAACCUUCUUUGAUUUUUCUUUCAUUUUAACCUGUUAUGUUUUCUGAACCAUUUUUUGAUGAACCAACCAAACCAACCAUGUACACAUUUAGGAAAGCAAACUAUUUAUCUAUGGCAAUCUAACAAAGAUUUAGCAUAAUUUUAUUAGCUACUAUAUGUCUAUCAAUGGCGAACAAUGAUUUUCUACUAUUCAAUUUAAUUAAUUUUUUCUUUACUUUUUUUAUUAAUAUAUUAUUCAUGGAAAACUUUUACACAUUUUUUUAUUGAAAUUUGAAAAAGAACAAAUGUUCAAAAAUAAUAAUUUAUUUUAUUUUUACAUGGUACACUGUUUAAAGAAGUUAAUUUAUUAGCUCUAACUAUGCAUUAUCAUUUAUAAUUUCUUAAAUAUACACUGUUUAAAGAAGUUAAUUUAUUAGCUCUAACUAUGCAUUAUCAUUUAUAAUUUCUUAAAUAUGUUUUUUAAUAAUGCAACUCCGUUUCAUUUAUAUUUUUUUUUUGUUCAUGGAAGUUUAAAUAACUUUUCUUUUCAGUAUUACUUUGUAACCAUAGGAAGCAAACUGUUCUGAUAAUUCAAUAUUAUUUUUUUGUCAUCAUUCUUCAUUCCAUUCAGAUAUUUUAAUAGGCGAUUAAACUAAACAGUGAUGUGGAUGGUGCACACAAUGCAAUACUUAUGGUUUUUCUAGACGGUGCUGGAAAUCUACCAGUAAGUAUCUGGUAG